GGUCACCGGGGGCGGCAUUUGCUGUAACACCCAUGCAGUUUCCGGUGUAACUGUGAUUCCAUUCCGUGCGUCGCUUCCUGUGCAUGUCGCAUGUGUAGGUGAUGGGGAAGAAGAAAGCGACGUGCGGGCUCGGGAGAGCUAUUAUCCGGGAGCGGGCUCAGGGCCAGCGAGGGCUGCAAGUCAGAGACUCCUGGCUCCACACAAGUGAACUAAAUGAUGGCUAUGACUGGGGCCGACUGAACCUCCAGUCAGUGACAGAACAAAGCUCUAUAGAUGACUUUCUCGCCACCGCAGAGUUAGCAGGAACAGAGUUUGUUGCUGAGAAACUCAAUAUUAAGUUUGUCCCAGCUGAAGCCAGAACAGGUUUGCUGACAUCGGAGGAGUCCAACAGAAUUCAUAAACUCCAGGAGGAAAAUAAGCAGUUUUUAUGUAUUCCCAGAAGGCCAUACUGGGAUAAAAAUACCAGUGCAGAAGUUCUGAAGCAAUCCGAGCGAGAGAACUUUUUGGAAUGGAGACGCCAGCUUGCUAAGCUUGAAGAAGAAAAGAAGCUGAUUCUCACACCGUUCGAACGCAAUCUAGAUUUCUGGCGUCAACUGUGGAGAGUCAUCGAAAGGAGUGAUAUCGUGGUGCAGAUUGUGGACGCUAGAAACCCUCUUCUGUUCAGGUGCCAGGAUUUGGAGAGCUAUGUUAAAGAAAUAAACGCUGAGAAAGAAAAUAUUAUCUUAAUAAACAAGGCAGACUUGUUAACCGAUGAGCAGCGACAGGCCUGGGCAACAUACUUUGAGAAGGAAGGUGUGAAAGUUGUGUUCUGGUCCGCAGUAGUGGAGGCACAAAGACUUUCCGACAAUGACAAGCAGAGUGGGGAGCUGGAGGAUGCUAUACAGAAUGACAUAACAUCUACAGAUGAGGAAGACAGUGAGGAGGAAGAGCAAAUGGGUGAAACAGAGACUGCACCUUCCGGAGACUGCAGGGAGUUCAGCGACUCAAGUGAUGAGUAUGAGGACUGUGGUGGUGGUGAUGAUGAUGAUGAUGAAGGUUGGCAGACGUGUUCUGAGGAUGCAGAGGGAGAGGAAGAAAGGGUUUUGUCAGAUGAUGAAUCUAAUAAUCCUCAACACAAAGCAGUGAUCAAUCAUAGCCACAUAGUGCAAAGUGAUGAGCUGCUGGAAAUCUUCAAAUCAAUGCACACAGGGCAGAGGAUUAAAGAGGAACAGAUCACUGUGGGACUGGUUGGUUAUCCUAAUGUUGGUAAGAGUUCAACAAUCAACACAAUCCUUGGGAACAAGAAGGUCUCUGUUUCGGCAACUCCUGGACACACAAAGCACUUUCAGACUUUGUAUGUACAGCCUGGUCUCUGCCUCUGUGACUGCCCUGGUCUUGUCAUGCCUUCUUUUGUUUCCACCAAAGCAGAGAUGAUAUGCAGCGGCAUCUUACCCAUUGAUCAGAUGAGGGACCACAUCCCACCAAUCUCUCUCAUUGCACAGCGUAUUCCCCGCUAUGUCUUAGAAGCCAUCUAUGGGAUCAAUAUCAUUAGACCCAGGGAAGACGAGGAUCAGGAGCGUUCCCCUUCCUCUGAAGAGCUAUUAUCUGCUUAUGGAUACAUGAGAGGGUUUAUGACUGCGCAUGGGCAGCCUGAUCAGCCACGGUCUGCACGGUACAUAUUGAAGGACUAUGUCAAUGGUAAGCUUCUGUAUGGUCACCCUCCUCCUGGUGUAGAGCCUUCAGACUUCCAACCCCAACACUUGGUGUAUAAGGAAAGGAAAGUAGUACAUGGCAGGGCAGAGCCAAGUGCCCAUGGUAGCAAGAAAAUCACACACAUUGAAAAUGUGGUGGACAAAACGUUUUUUAAUCAGGAGAACGUGCGUGCACUAACCAAAGGUGUGCAGUCUGUAAUGGGAUACAAGCCUGGUAGUGGACCUAUGCCAUUAUCUACUGCCAGCACAGAGACACUGUCGGGAAAGCCCUGGAAAAAGCAUGGAAACAAAAACAAGAAAGAGAAAGUACGGAGACUUAACAAGCACCUGGAUGCAUGAAUAUGAGAGACAGGAUUGCUGAAGUCUGGAACCGAAGAUCCUGUACACUUUUACUGUGCUAAGAUUGGACACAUUUUUUUAAUAUUUAUAAUCCAGAUGCCAAAUUGCACAUGUACGAUCCAAUCGUGAGUAAUUGCUUUGUACAGGAAACCUGCUCACCUUACCAUGGGGCCAAAUCAUGUAGUAUUCUUGUCAGCAAUGGUGUAAGACUUAUUUUGUAAAUCUUUCUCUCUGGUAGGUGGGAAUUACCAUUAUUCAACUUCUUACUACCCUUACCUUGUGUAGUUUCUGGGAAGUGUAUACAAGGCAUCCAUUCUAGACAAGUAUUGUAUGAAGGACUACGAAAUGACAAAUGGACGCUCACCAACAUAGACUACAAAAUACUGGAAUUUCAAGAACAUUUCUUAAAUGUGAAAAUGCCUGAUUGUCAGGGAAUAAACCUUGGUUAGCAAAAACAUCUACAGAAUAUCUGGGACAAACUGUUCACCUUGUGCUAUUGUAUCUUUUGUGUGACAACUAAUCACUAGAUCAGUGGUUUCCAAACUUUUUUGAAUCACGGCGCCCUAGAAUAUCAGAAUUAUUUUCACGGCACCCCUAGGCCAAAAAUUUCUUAUUGAGAAAUUUAGAAAGAAAUAUUACAUUAAGUAGAUUGCGUUUAUAUGUCAUCCUUAGGGUCAGUUGUGUGGUGAGGGACAAGAUUUGCUUCUGUUUGGCCACAUAUUUUAUGACUGGUAGCCACCAGCACUGGUUUUUCCUAUUAUAUUGACCAUGAAUAAUUUGAAUUGGUCCUGGACCACCAACCCAGGGCACCCCUGCAAGUGUCCGAGGCACCCCAGGGAGCCACGGCACACAGUUUGGGAACCUCUGCACUAGAUAGAAAAACAUGUUUUAACCAUAAACCCUAGUCUGCAGCAGGAGCACAUCAAGUCAUGUGUGAGGGGCGGAGCUAUUGCCCGUUGUUACAUCAUACUUGGUUAGCAAAACAUCUAGAGAAUAUCUUGGACCAAACACCUUACUGGGUAAAUGUCUCUCAUCACCAUAGAAGUGACACUCUUGGUUUACCUAUCUGUCUGGGUAGUGUUUUGCAUUUAGUAAGAUUGUAUGUGUCCCUCCUAUUUACUAUAUUGACAACAUGUAAAGAAACCAGAACAACUUGCAGUUGAAUAAAAUAAGAAUCUCCACA